AAUAUACUCACUCUUCCUCUUUAGUUCAGUUCUCUGUGGAACUAGUUUUGAAUUAUUUCUUAAUUUGUUGUCCAAGUGUUUAAGUGACGGCAGCCAGAUAUGGAGACAGCUCAAAACCAGGAUUUAUUCAAAGAUUUCACGUAAGAAAGUAUUAGAAUUGUCCAGUGAAGGUCUUAGCAAUAUGAUAUCAGUCUUUCUGACUCUUUGUCAUUCUUGUGAUCAAGAGGAUAUCAUUGAAGUGGGCCAGCAGUUUUACACAUCUCUGGAGUAUCGUCAGUUAUCUUCAACUUCUGAAAAGAAUUUGAAAAUUAUAUGGAAAGGAAUAUUAUUACUGUUAAUGGUUUAUCACUUCAGAGGCAUCUCAAUUUUUUCAAUGGCAAUAUUGAGCAGCAUAAGAAAAAAUAUUGAAAUAUUAGCUGAUGUUUAUUCUAAACAGUCUCAUUCCAUUCUUGUCACUGAUGUACUGUACAAUACUCUAUCUACCAUAUUAGAAGGACUCCACCAGUUAUUAGUUAAUAGGUGUAUUCACGUACAGCAAUUGAUUGGGCCGUAUUUUAGAGACCUAAUUAAAGGAAUGGGAAAAUUAUUUCUAGAUAUUUUGAGAUUUAUUAUCAAUAUGGUAUCUACUAUUAA